AUGGCAAGUUUCCUUCCUCAGUUAGGAGAAACUGAGUUGCAUUGUAAAGGUGUUGGGGAUGAAAACACUUCAAUUAGAGGUGAGUCAUCUCCUUUGGUGCAAAAGAGUGGGGCCAUUUGUGUUGGGGUUAGUGGUAGCUCUGAGAUUGGUAAAGAAGUUGCUAAUGAUGCAGCUAUUUUACCUACUGAACUUCCUGUGAUAGAUCCCUCUAAUCCUGAAAAUGAUGAACAACUUGUUGAGGUUGCUAUACAACCAGGUUCCUUUGAGCAGAAGGUUGUGCAACAGAGGAGGAAAUUUACCCCUAAAAAAUCCAAAACUGCUAUCUCAAGUGUCCCUGAGGACAUGGUAUAA